GCUUUCGGUCCGCACGCCGGGCACAGCCAAAAUCGUCAACGACGAGUCGAGUCGAGAGGGGAUCCAUCCAUCCAUGCUUCUUGAUCACAAGGUUCUUAAAAGGGCUUCCUCCUCCCUUCUCACAUAAAUAGCUCAUCCGCAUCGCCCUUGAGAUCUUAUUCCUCUUCGCCUGCGAUUGUCCGUGGCCGCGGGGGACAACGAAGCCCGAGGGAAAUUAUCGCUCGAUCGAAGAAGUCCUCAUCAAUGACGCUUGGAGGUUCUGCUGGAUCCGGUAUCGUCGUUCCUCGGAACUUCAGGUUGCUUGAAGAGCUUGAACGAGGAGAAAAGGGCAUCGGAGAUGGGACUGUAAGCUAUGGUAUGGAUGAUGGAGAUGACAUUUACAUGCGCUCCUGGACAGGAACAAUAAUUGGUCCUCUUAACACCGUACAUGAGGGUCGCAUCUAUCAGCUGAAAUUAUUCUGCGACAAGGACUACCCCGACAAACCUCCUAGCGUCCGAUUCCAUUCACGCAUCAACAUGACUUGUGUCAAUCCUGACACUGGAGUGGUAGAUACAAGAAAAUUUUUGGUCCUGGGGAACUGGCAACGCGAUUACACAAUGGAGUACAUUCUAACGCAGCUUAAGAAGGAAAUGGCGGCAUCGCAUAACCGUAAGCUUGUCCAGCCACCGGAGGGCACUUACUUCUAAUGUCUCACUGUUGCAAAUUAAGGUCCAAGUUCUUGUAUCGAUUCAAGAAGCAACGAACCGAAUGUUUAUUUCGUCAUGCUUGUGGUGGACGAUUCUGCAUGGUUAUAUGUCUGACAAUGGCACUUCAACUGUUGACGGGUCGCUGGUGUGUAUUACAUCCGAACCAGAAGAAACUAAAGUGGUGUCUUGGACCGUGCUCUUUUCUGGAUAAACGCACCAACUCUGUUGUAGCUUAGACCAUCUUAUUACUGGAAAUCAAUGGAGUUAUUUCUA